CAAGGUUAGAUAAAAAUUAAUAAACUGAUUUAUCAUCAAUAUGUUAAUUAUAACAAUGGGAAAAUUAAAAUUAAUCAAAUGUCUUCAUGAUCAUCGUGGAAAAGUGUGGAAUAUUUGUUGGCACAAUGAUGGAAAAAAAUUGGCAUCAUGUGGUGAAGAUAAAAAAAUUCGUAUAUGGCAAAAAGAAAAUAAUAAUAGCUGGUUAUUAAUAAAUACAAUAAGUAAUAAACACAGUCGUACAAUAAGACAAGUAUCAUGGUCACCAUAUGAUGAUAUAUUAGCAGCAUGUAGUUUUGAUAGUACAGUAUCAUUAUAUAAAAUAAUUAAAAAUAAUAUAAAAUUUAUAACAAAACUUGAGGGACAUGAAUCAGAAGUUAAAAGUAUUGAUUGGUCAAAUGAUGGAUCAUUACUUGCAACAUCAAUCAAUAUGGAUUUGGGAUAAAAAUGAUGAUGAUGAUUAUGAAUGUGCAUCAUUCAUAACACAACAUACACAAGAUGUUAAAAAGGUCAAAUGGCAUCCACAUGAAAAUAUACUUGCAUCAUCAAGCUAUGAUAAUACAGUUAAAUUAUUUAUGGAAGAUCCAACUGGUGUUGAUUGGAUUUGUACAACAACAUUGUCAUCACACACAUCAACAGUAUGGAGUUUAUCAUUUGAUAAAACUGGAAAAUAUUUAGUAACAUGUAGUGAUGAUAAAACAAUUAAAAUAUGGCAAGAAUAUAAAAAUAAUAAUAAUGAAUUAAACUGGAAUUGUUUAACGACAAUUAAUGGUGAUCAUGAUGGGCCAAUUUAUGAUGUUGAUUGGUGUAAAAAUACAGGUCUUAUUGUAACAGCGUGUGGUGAUAAUAAUAUUAGAAUUUAUAAAGAUAUUGAUUGUCAUAAUUUUAAUCUUAUUUGUUGUGAAAUUAAUGCACAUAAACUUGAUGUUAAUUCAGUUUGUUGGAAUCCAAAUGAAAGUGGAUUACUAGCAUCUGCUGGUGAUGAUGGAAAUAUUAAAAUAUGGAGAUAUUAUGAUUAAUUAUACAUCAUGUUUAUUUUUAUUAAUAAAAUGCUAAAUUAAUUAUUUAUUGUUUGUUGUUUUUU